AUGGCCCCCCGAACGGAUUCGAAAUUUCUUAACUCCACUCUGGAUAUUCGAUCUCCAUGCUGCGAUUACUCUGUCAGUCCUGAGAAGGAUGUCUACGCUGCCACAGUGCCUAGAUUUCUCCAGUCGGAUUCAGCGAACCCCCAGUUCAACGACAUGUCCAAUUCACCAUUACCGAUCAGUCUAGCGACAUCUGCAGAUAUCCACACUGAGGCCGUGGACGCCCGCCUACGUCGGCUGACCGCUCGAUGUCGGCUUGCCGAGAGGCGAGCUAUCCUUAUUCUUUCGAAACUAAAAUCUCCUACACCAGGUUUCCGGCCGUCUUCGGAAACUCAACCCAAUCGAGUAUCAGAAGAACACCUGUGGUAUCAGGCGCGUGCAACUAUGCGGUCACACUGGUUCCUAUUACAAACUGAAAUGGUUCGAGCCCUGGAUUGUUUGCAGAACCUGAGGCCACUGCGACAUCGUUGCAAAAAGUGGCGGAAGUCGUUACCGCUUCUCUCGCAGGGAGGUCUCAUCGAACCAGCUACAAUGGGAACGUGCAGCCGGAUCCUGCCAUUCGAGAAGUCAGACAAGCCCCGUCACUCCUAUUUCUCCUUGAACAAUCUAAAGCAUUUGGAUUUCAAGUUUUCAGGUGAGACCUUUUAUCGCUGUUGA